AUGAUUAAUGCUCUUCUUAUUUUUACCGCUAGGGGAGAACUAGUUGUUUCCAAGUUAUUUAAGGGAUCUAUGAAGAGAUCUAUUGCCGACAUCUUUAGAAUACAGGUGAUCAAUAAUCUGGAUGUCAGAUCGCCCAUCCUGACCUUGGGAUCCACCACAUUCCAUCAUAUCAAGUCCACUAGAGGAGAUAAUUUGUGGAUUGUUGCUGUGUCAAGAAAUAAUGUGGACAGUGCCGCUAUAUGGGAAUUUCUCUAUAAACUGGAUUCCUUACUGGAUAGUUACGGGUUAAAUCACGAAGAAUAUUUGAAGGAGGAAUUUAUGAUUGUUCAUGAAUUAUUAGAUGUUAUGAUGUGUGGUAGUGGUGGUAUUCCUAUGUUGACUGAGAAUAGCUUGGUUAUUUCAAGAAUGUCUGUGAAACCUUCAAAGAGCAUAUUGGAAGCCCAAAAUAGUGGGAACGGCAGUAGCAAUACGAACUCCAAUAACAACAAUAAUAAUGUUCCCGAUCUACUGAUGAGUGGUCCGAAAUUACUGCGUAGGAAUAGUGCCUCAUUAUCACAAGAUUUAAGUAUAUUAACGGACUUUAAAUGGAGACCAAAGGGUAUCGUACAUAAGAAAAAUGAAGUCAUAUUGCAUGUUAAUGAAAGGAUAAACAUCUUAGUCUCAAAAGAUGGAUCUGUAUUAAAGGCAUAUGUCGAUGGUUCUAUUGACUUGGAGACUCAUCUAUCAGGAACACCUAUUUGUCAAUUUGGUCUAAAUGAUUCCUUGAGUGUUAGCGGUGUGGAUUCAGAUAUGUACGGAUCUCAUAAUCACAACCAUCACUUUGGCGACGUUAACUUUGAUAAGACUGAUAAGAAACAAUUAUCAAUGGCAUCAGUUGGAAGUGUCAUAUUAGAGGACUGCAAAUUCCAUCAAUGUGUGUCAUUGGAUAAAUUUGACAAAGACCGGAUUAUAAAAUUUGUGCCACCUGAUGGCUCAAUGGAACUAAUGAAAUAUCAUGUGAGAGAUAAUUUAAAUCUUCCCUUCAAAGUUUCACCAAUAGUUACAAACACAAGAAAUGGCACGGCAUUAGAAUAUAGAAUCACUAUGAAGUCACUAUUUCCCGGGAGACUAUCUGCUAAAAACGUCGCUCUACAUAUACCAGUGCCACCAAAUACAAUGGAUUGUAAAAUAAAUGUAACUAAUGGGAGUUGUAAAUUCAUACCGGAGGAGAGUGCAAUGAUUUGGAGGUUUAAUAAAUUUAAUGGAUUAACCGAAAAUACACUAAGUGCAGUAACAAUCCCGACAAAGGACAACACCCAACUGUCAUUACAACAAUGGAGUAAACCACCAAUGUCAUUGGAUUUUGAAAUUUUAAUGUUUAGCAACUCUGGACUUGUAGUACGGUAUUUUACUAUUACAGAAAGAGAUCAAAAAUAUAAAGCAGUUAAAUGGAUCAAAUAUAUUUCAAGAUCCGGAUCGUACGAGAUCAGAUAUUGA